AUGAGCUUACAUCUCCAUAGUGCGGCAGAUCUCCAUGAUAACUGCGCAUGCGAUAAUGGCGACAGCUACAACUGGCGAAUUACCACAAACGCAUGCACCAUGUACAACGAUGCCAACUACAAGUGGGGUGGCGCUUCCUACGAUACUGCAUCUGGAAGAUGCACCCAAGCAACUGCCGAAGACCAGAUCGCCGGAAAGGAAUGGGAGAGCGCAUGCAAGGAGAUUGCCAAGGCCGGUUUCCAGUGUGCGGACGGUGUUGGAACGUGCUAUGUUGAUCCCGAUGAUGUCCGUGGCCGAUGCUAA